AUGCUGUCACAUGGAAAGGAGAAGCAUGGUGAUAAGGUACAAAUUUCAGAUAGCUUGCAGGAGUAUAGCCUAGAUGGGAAUGAUAUUGAUGAAUUUCAAGAUCAGAUUGUUGUUGUAGAAUCUGGACUUCAAACUCAAUAUGCUGCUAAACUGGUAGAAAAGCAGCAGGAAUUGAGCCUAAUAAUGACCAAAAUGACUGGUGUUGCUUCAGAUAAUAAGCAGCAGUUGUCUGGUACAGGGCAUGCGAAGGAUAUCAUCAAGGCUAAUUCUGGGGCUCAGAUAGCAAGACGAAACAAAGCUGAUCUGGGGUAUAAGGGAAGUAUUUUUACAUGGUGGAAUGGGAGAGGGGCAGAUGAUUGUAUAUUCAAGAGGUUGGAUAGGUGUUUGGGCAACUUUGAGCUUCAACAUUUGUUUCCAGGCUUGGAAAUCACUCAUUUGAUCAAGUUUGGUUCGGAUCACUCUCCGUUGCUGAUUGAAUGCAAACAAGAGCUGAAGAAAAUGAAACAGGUUUUAUCCCAAUGGAGCAAGUCCACUUAUGGUGAUAUUUUUCAGCAGAUCACUAACCUUGAGGAAGUGAUUAAAGCUCAUGAAGCACUCUUUGAGUCAAAUCCCUCUUAUGCUAACAGGGAAAAACUCAUGAAAGUGCAAGUUGAAUUUACUAGAGUAUUGUAUUUGGAGGAGGAAUUUUGGAAGCAAAAAGCUGGAAUGUCUUGGUUUCAAGAUGGUGACAAGAAUUCCAAAUUAUUCCAUGCUUAUGUGAAGGGCAGAAGAAAAAUUCUACAGUUGAAAAGAAUACAGAACUCGCAGGGGCAAUGGCUUGACAAUGAGGAAGAGAUUGCAGAGGAGGCUGUUGGAUUUUUCCAGGCACAAUUUCAUGAAACUGUGGUUCCUACACAGUUUGAUAUUCUAAAACAUGUUCCUUCCAUGAUUAGUAACGUGCAAAAUGAAGAACAUGUUGCAGUUCCUACGAAAGAAGAGGUGAAACAGGCUGUUUUUGGUUUAAAUAGUACAAGUGCAGGUGGUCCUGAUGGUUUUACAGGCUUGUUCUUCCAAACAUGUUGGGAUAUUGUUGGGGAUGAUAUUUUCAAUAUGGUUUGGUACUUCUUCAGAGGUUUUGAACUGCCUAGGUACAUUACUCAUACUAAUCUUGUGUUGUUGCCAAAGAAGAAAGAUGUCCAGACUUUUAGUGACAUGAGGCCUAUUAGUCUGAGUAAUUUUGUGAACAAGGUGUUUUCCAGAGUGGAAAUAACCACUGAUAUCAGACUUAGAACCAAUAAAGGCAAGAAGAAUGUCAAUGCUAUUGUUCCUAAUGUUGUGAUGAAAUUGGAUAUGACAAAGGCCUAUGAUAGGCUGUCAUGGAUUUUUCUUACAAAUGUUCUGAGGAAAAUGGGAUUUUGUGAGCAGUUUAUAAGUCUGAUUUAUGAAAUUGUGGGAAAUAAUUGGUAUUCGGUACUUAUUAAUGGCCAGCCUCAUGGUUUCUUUCACUCUACUAGGGGUGUGAAGCAAGGUGAUUCUUUGUCGCCUACUUUGUUCAUAUUAGCUUCUGAAGUAUUAUCAAGGGGUUUGAAUGCUUUGUAUAGCAAUUUGUGGUUCACUGGGUUUGGUGUGCCUAAGUGGAGUCCAAAAAUUAACCACCUUGCGUAUGCAGAUGAUACUAUCAUAUUUUCCUCAUCAUGUGAGAUUUCAUUGGGUUUGAUCAUGAAUGUUUUUACUGAAUAUGAACAAGCUUCUGGACAGUUGAUCAACAAGGCCAAAAGUUCAGUUUAUUUGCAUGAUAGGGUUGAUGAGGAGAUAUUUCGGCAGGUUGAAAGGGUUACUGGCAUUGCAAGGAAGGAAUUUCCUGUGAUAUAUCUUGGCUGUCCCAUUUAUUAUGCAAGGAGCAAGAUGUCUUUCUAUUCAGAACUUAUAGCAAAGGUGAGAAACAGAUUACAAGGGUGGAAAGGGAAGUUAUUGUCAUUUGGUGGAAGGGCAAUUCUGUUGAAGCAUGUGUUACAGGCCAUGCCUAUGCAUUUGUUGUCUGCUGUUGACCCACCUUCAUUUGUGAUUAAGAAACUGCACAAGGUGUUUGCUCAAUUUUUCUGGAGCAACACUGUUGGUGAGAGGGGCAGGCAUUGGACAGGUUGGGAUAUUGUUUGCUUGCCUUGUGAUGAGGGUGGUCUCGGUUUCAGAUCACUUAGCGAUAUGUCCAUGGCAUUGUUUGCUAAGUUAUGGUGGAACUUUAGAACCAAACCAUCACUGUGGAGUUAUUUCAUGAGCAACAAGUACUUAAAGAAAAACAACUCUAUACUAGUGUCAUGGAAAAAAGGUUCACACAGUUGGAGGAAAAUGCUUCAAGCAAGGGACUUAAUUGAUCAUAAGAUAUGGUGGCAGCUUAGAAUGGGGUCCUCAUUGUUUUGGUUUGAUAAUUGGACUGGUUUGGGACCUUUUUAUUUUCUAACACCGUCUGAUUUCUAUUGUAAUGAAGCGAUUAAUAAUGUGUCUGAUGUAGUCACAGAAGGCAGAUGGCAUGAACAAGCAAUCAGAAAUAACCUUCCUGAAGAAUACGCAGAUUACAUUCUUAAAGAAUUGCAGCCUCCAGCUAGGGGUGAUGAACUUGACAAACCUUGGUGGAGUUUGGAAACUCAAGGUGAUUUCACGGUUAAGUCAGCAUGGGAAUUUAUAAGAAGCAGAGGUGAAAAGAGGGAUGUGUACAAGAAGAUUUGGAUGAAAGGGUUGCCAUUCAAGAUUUCUUUCUUAAUGUGGAGGGUGUGGCAUUUUAAAGUGUCUUUGGAUGAUGUUAUUAGAAGUUGGGGAUAUCACAUGCCUACUAUGUGCAUGUGUUGUGCUAAUCCCAAAGAAGAAACUGUCCCCCAUAUUUUCUUGAGAUGUGAAACUGCUCAAAAAACAUGGAUAAAACCAAUCUUUUAUGCCAUCCCUUCUAUCAUUGUUUGGGAGUUGUGGAAGAAGAGAAAUGGUGACAAGCAUAGGAACAAGGUGUCAAUUAGUAGAGUCAUUUAUCAGGCUUCAACUAAUACUCAACAAUUUGUGAGAUUGAGGAAGCCAUGUAUCAAAAAUGUCCCUCACAGGUGGCCUGAAAUUCUGAGAAUUCUGGAAAAUUAUGUUCCAAGGUUGCAGGUGACUAAGGUAUGGUGGAAACUGCCUGUUGAAGGUUGCUUGAAAUGCAACACUGAUGGUGCUACUAGGGGCAACCAAGGUAGAAGCUCAUAUGCAUUUUGUGUAAGGGAUGCUACAGGUAACUUGGUUUAUGCAAAAGCUAAAGAAAUGGAGGACAACACUAACACUGAAUCCGAGGCUAUGGCAUUUCUUGAAGCUGCAAGAUAUUGUAUUUCUCAACAGGUGUAUUCUUUCAUAUUGGAGACUGAUUCACUCUUAUUGAAAAACAUUUUAGAGAGGGGCAAAAUGGGAAAUAUGGUUUUUUUGGUUGAAACGCUUGAUGGGAAGAUACAGAUUGAUGGAACCAUUCAUUUACAACUGUUUUGGGUGGAGAGCCUGGAAAAAUCAAUGCUAUGGGUAGCAGUUGGAAUAUGGGAAGGGAGUUGGUACAUCUGGGAUUAUACUGCUGGAGGACACAACAUGUGUGAUGCUGGUGUGAAGAAGAGGAAUAUGGGAAGGGAGUUGGACCAAGUUGAAGGCUCCUGUGAAGGCAUUAACAUCAUAACCUGGCUGAGAAUUUGCAUGGAGAUACAAGGGUACUUUAGCAAGGACAGUGCAGGUUCAGCAUGGACUCACAAUAACAAAAGGAAGACACGACAACUGGAAGAUGAUGCUGGUCUGGGUAAUAAGUGCAGAAAUAUAAGAGGUUUGCAGCUGCAGAAUGACAACAUCACAAGUUACAAAGCAGAAGGGACUAACAGGAAUUCUAUCAAAAGGUGUAGUGGACAACAAAAGAUGGCCAGGGAUGAAGCUGUUGCUAACUUUGUGCAGCACUGCUGUGGCACAAGUGCUGCUGAUAGCAACCUGGUUCAGUGGUGUCAAGGAAAAUAA